UUUAUAUUGCCGCCGCUAUCAAUAAGCGCUGACUUCCCUCUUAGCGCUAAGAGAGGUCGAAUUCAACUACAUGAAGAAAAAACCCAAAACAUUGGACAUGACUGUUACGCGUCAUUUAUGUGUGAUAUUUGCAUUUCUUGGACAUUUUGGUUUUUGUUCCAAGUGCCCGUUUUCCUUCAGCUCACCCCCUGGUAGUAACAGCUGCUACUAUUAUGGAUCCGCCACUACGAGAUCGUGGGAGGAUGCACGCCUCCGGUGCAUCAGUAUGGAUGCCGAUCUUGUCAAAAUCAAAGAUUCAAAGGAGCAGACAAUUAUAUUGGAUAUACUACAGACCAAAGAUGCGCAACUCGCUGGCGUUCAGGAGUGGUGGGUAGGAAUGAAGAGGAAAGCCGAUAAUCCAUCUCAGUGGAUAUGGACGGACUUGUCACCGGUCAACGAGUCGUACAUACGCUGGGGCCAAGACGAACCCAACAACUAUCAACAAAAUGAACACUGCGCUGAAAUCUGGGAAAGCACCUUCAAUGAUAAAAACUGCAACGUCAAGUUAAAUUUUGUUUGCGAGAGACCAAAAGACCAGCCAGUGCGAUGUUCAGUACAAGAUGGUUAUAGUUAUCAUAACAAAAAAUGCUACAAGCUUUACAACAAUCAAGUUACUAGAGACGAGGCACUAUCAGCCUGUGCUGGGGACAAUGCGAAACUGGUUGCCAUAGAAACAGAGGAGGAUCAGCAUGCUGUGACUGAGAUUGCUUACAGCUACCAGGUUAACGUCUGGCUAGGAAUCAAAUUCAUGCACAAAAUCUCUUCGUGGUUGAUCGUCAACAGACCUGACUGGGAACAACCUACCACAACUUUCUUUUGGCAGAAUAAUGUGAAUAAAUUCAACAACACCAUUGAGAACUGUGCUGCUCUAAAUGUGUCGUCUACAGAUGUAAUCCAUAAUUGGUAUAUCGAAAACUGCACCUUUACAAAUGCCUUUAUGUGCCAAAAGCCUGCAGGUGUGUGUUCCAAUGGGUUUGAACAGUAUGAGGAGAAGUGCUUUCUUUUUAAAGAGAACGUCAAACAGUCUUGGAAUCAGGCAAAACUCUAUUGUGAGACGUUCGAGAGCAACCUGUUGGAAAUUGAAUCAGACGCAGAACAAAAUUUUGUGACAAAAAAGCUGCAACAGAGAAGGAUAAUACCUCGACUCUGGAUUGGUCUAAAAGGGAAGCAGGUGACAAAUGGGAGUUUAAGUCUGGACAAGUACAACUAUUACUGGGUAAUGUCUAAAGGUAGCAGGGUGCCGACCUAUCUAAAUAUCAGACCUUCUGGUGGCAGAAACACUUGUGGAUACAUCGAUCCUGGUAGGUCCGGUGGAUGGUAUUUUGACUUACCAUGCAACACCCCUCUUCCUUUUAUUUGUUAUCAUGAUGUAAAGAAUGGAAAUGUGCAGCCUCGACAAUUUACAACUUUAACAACACCCAAAACUACAACACCCCAGAAAACAACCAGAACAUCUGUUCCUGCUGUAACAUUAUCAAAGAAGACAACUUCAGUAGUUCAAACGUCUACAACAAAAACAACACCGACAACUACCACGCCGGUUGUUUUUGACCCAGUGUGUGGCUAUAACUGGGAGUUGGAACAGAGAUCUCAGAUAUGCUACAUGUUCAACCUCAAACCGUCCACCUGGUCGUCCGCCAGAAGCGCGUGUCAGUCAGUGGGAGGCGAGCUAAUAAGUAUCAACAAUCUGAAGGAACAUUACUACAUAUCGGGUCGACUGAGAGAGAAGAUUCUGUCCACUGCGGGUAUGUUCUGGACAGGAGGACAUGACGAGAGUGACGAGGGUGGGUGGAUAUGGUCUGAUGGAUCUCCAUUCAGUUUCUUCAAUUUUAAAAGAGGAGAACCAAAUGGUAAAAGUGGUCAGGAGAACUGUAUUUCAAUAUCUGGACAAAGGGCUGUGUGGUUCGACAACUUCUGUUCCAACAAAUAUGCUUCUAUAUGCAAGAAAAGAGUCACCAACGACACUGGCAACCUUCCGGCUACCUCACCUCCUUUUCCAUCGGGUGACAGUGUAUAUGGAUGUCCGGGUGAAGAAUGGUCGGGCUAUCGGUUGUCGUGUUAUUUUGUGGCAAGAAACAAAACAUCAUGGACUGAGGCUCAAUCCUAUUGUAAAUCGGCUGGAGGAAACCUCGUAUCCAUUCUAGACGAAGGAGAACAGGCAUUUGUGUAUAGCUUGUUGCCAGCGUCUCAUUGCUACAACAUCCAUGGCUCAGACAGUAGCUGUGACAAAUGGGCAAAAGAAGGAGAAUGUGACAAAAAUCCUCUGUGGAUGGCUAACAACUGUCAGCUUUCCUGUCAGAGAUGUUUCUCAGUUUGUCGGGAUGAGUUCGGAUCUACUGAGUGUCAGCACUGGGCAAAGAGUGGAGAAUGUUAUAAAAACCAUAAAUGGAUGCUGCAGAACUGUGCUCUCUCAUGUGGAAUUUGCGACUCGGCAAUAUAUGGCGGCUUUUGGACUGGUCUUCACGACAGAAAGGAUGAAAUGGCGUUUGAGUGGUCAGAUGGAAUGAAAGUGUCCUACACAACAUGGGCUGACAGAGAACCAAACAACAUGGGGCGGAGUGGUCAGGACUGUGUCAUGAUGAAGUUACUGGAUGGUAGAUGGGUAGACUUUAACUGCAACGAAAAAAUGCCCGGUUUCGUUUGUAAGACUUCAAAGAGAAUCGUGCCUAAGGCCACCGUGUCGCCUCUCUCUGUUGGCUGUUCUAAUGGUAGUGUUGGAUACAAUGCCUUCUGUUAUGGAUAUUAUGAUACUCCAAUGUCUUGGUCUGAAGCAGAAAUCUUCUGCGGAAACAUGAGUGGGCACCUGGCAACAGUUAACGACAGAUAUGUGCAAGCUUUUGUCGCCAGUCAGAUCGUAGGAAGACAAGGAGACUUUUGGAUUGGUUUAACCCAGAGUUACGACACGGGUAUAACAGAAUCCUGGACGAGUGGACAGGAUGUCAAGUUUACAUACUGGUCAAACCAACACACGGGAGCACUAGAAGAGGAUGGGUUUUGUGUAUCGAUGUCAGCUAAUCAUCCCGUUGGCUUAUGGUCUACUUUCAAUUGUUCUGUCCAGAAGACCUUUAUUUGUGAAUUUCCAAGGGAGGGUUUCACAACGCCUACAACCACCUCGCCUACCACUACUGUGCCAAAGGCCUGUGAAACGGGAUGGCAUGAGUACGAGGGAAACUGUUACAUGAAAUUUUCAAAAGAAAACUGGUUGAACAGUAGGGACAUGUGUAAGAGGAUGGGUGCAGAAUUAACAAGCGUCCAUUCCUAUGAGGAAAACCAGUUUCUCUUCUACGCAUUUGUUGAGUAUAUGGACCCUUGCUGGAUAGGAUUGAGUGAUCGGGACUUAGAAGCGGGCUUUUCAUGGGAAGACGGAAGUGCUGUAGAUUUCACUAGCUGGGGUGAUAAUGAACCUAAUGAUUAUUACAAUAAUGAGGAUUGUGUUGGAUUCUACAACAGUUGGAGUUCAGAAUGGAAUGAUUGGAAUUGCUAUGAUUUACGGAGCUACAUAUGUAGGAUUCCUAAAGGAAUGCCAGUUUUAAGUGUUGUAAAUUAUACUUUACCAGAGCCUCAGCCUUGCGCUGACAGUAGAUUUAUAUAUAUCAACGGGUUGUGUUACUAUUUUGAACCGGGAAAUGUAAAACGGACAUGGUAUGAAUCUCAGGAUUCCUGCAACAAUUUGACCGCUAGCUUGGUCACUAUCACAUCCCAGUAUCAACAUGACGUCCUCUACUAUCACUUGCAGAAGAAGUCUGAAGACCAGUCUUUCUGGAUAGGAUUAAACGACAUUGAUCAUCAAGGAUGGAAAUGGGCGGACGGAACCAAAGUAAUCAGUUACAUUGGUUGGGCUGCUAAUGAACCUAAUGACAUACCAACAAAGCGAUGUGUUUAUGAAUGGCCAGAUUCAAAUCGCUGGUAUACAAGUAACUGCAACCUCAAGUUAAGUGGUUUAGUUUGUAUGAAACGGAAUGGCUCAGAUGUGAUUCGAACAACUCCAACAACAGUCAUGCAACCAUGGGGCUGUCCAUCAGGCUUUAUUGAAUCUAAAAUCAGCAAUAAGUGUUAUAAGGUUGUUCAGGGAUCAGCUUUAAGCUUCAACGAGGCCAAACAAGAAUGCAGUAAACUAGGAAAGGAAUAUUUUCUUGCUUCAAUUCAUUCAGAUAUGGAAAAUGCAUUCAUAGCUCUUCAGUUGGACACAACAAAAUCAUACAAUGUGUGGAUUGGUUUGAGUGAUGAAAGCUUUGAAUCCCAGUUUAUCUGGCUGGACAAUUCCCCUGUAGAUUUCACAAACUGGAACAAUGGAGAACCCAACUCAUAUUCUGAAAACUGUGCAGAGAUGAUUGUGUCUGGAGAACGUAUUGGCAAAUGGAACGAUGCACCUUGUUCAUCUAAAAGGGGUUACAUUUGUCAAACUAACAAAGCCUUUAGAUAUCCAACUCAACCCACGCCUGUAUCAGGCUGCCCCAGCGGCUACACCAGUAGUGCUGGUACUUGUUAUCGAGUGAUCAGUGCUGCGAUGGACUUCGAUGGUGCGCAGGCCACCUGUCAGGUGGAUGGUGGUAACCUAGCAUCUAUCAACUCUGCAUUUGAACAAUUGUCAAUUGAGGUUGCUACCAAAAAUAUCGUUGGGGCUAUAUGGAUUGGUCUGAAGCGUAAGGAUGAUGUUCAUUCCUGGUUAGACGGAUGGCCAUACAGCUACACAAAGUGGGCAGUCAGUGAACCAAGCUUAAAUCCAGGAGAAAAUUGUACAGUAUUGUUGAACAGGGAGUGGAAGGAUACAGUGUGUGACCUUACGUAUGCUGCUAUCUGCGAGUACAAUACAGAAAAGCCUCCAACCACACCUCCACCAGGAACAUGUCCUUCUGACAGCUCUAGAUUUCAGAGAAAUUGUUACUUUGCGGACCCUGACGGAAGAAAAACAUGGACGGAAGCCCAAAAGGCAUGUGUUGCUCGUGGCAUGAAUCUUGUGACCUUUAGAAAUAUACAAGAGGUCGAGCACGUCAGGCAGCUUGUAUCUAAGAAAGGUGGCAGGAGUACCGCCCGGCAGUGGAUAGGCUUAUCCAAAGAAGGUUCAAGCAGAAAAAAGCGUGGAUUUUAUGACGAUUAUGAAUAUGAAGAUAAUUUAGAAUUUACAUGGAUAGACGGAAUCCCAAAUUCAUUUGAGAACUGGAACGAUGGUGAACCAUCUGGAUCCUGGGGACAUGAGUCUGAAAACUGUGUUGAAAUGCUGAGUUCAGGAAAGUUUAACGAUGUCAACUGUGAUAAUUAUUAUAAGGGAUAUGUUUGCUAUGGGCCUGAAAAGUAUGAUGCAGUUACGUCAACAUCGGCCUUGGAGUCACCUGCAAGUUCAACAUCUGACCUUGUAUAUAACCCAAUUAAUAGAUCUACCCUGAGCAGUGAGAAUUUAACAGACAUCAAUACAGAUACACCACUGUUUCCUGGUUCUUUACCAAGUAUAAAGACAAAACUAGACCGCAGUGAAUCUGCCGUGCUGACAGCAGGACAAAUUAUAGGCAUUCUGAUCGGAGCUGGAACAUUACUGAUGAUUGGCAUUGUGAUAAUUUUUGUCAGCAGACAUUAUUUCCGGACAGGAAGCUAUAGCGCCAAUAAUGAGCAUGGAUUUACCAACGCCAUGUAUUUAAAAAAUGCAGACUCUGUAUCAAUGUCUGGUGAAGGAACCGUGAAAAAUAAUACAUAGUUCAAUAUGGAAAUCUAAUCUCAUUUUGAAAGUGUGAUUGUGGUGCAUGUGGUAUGUGGCCAAUGAUGUAUUUGGAUAAGUUUUAGUCAAGAAGUUGUCACCGUUUUAAGAUGCGUGAACUGUACAUUUUAGCUUAUGCUUUUCAAAUGGUUAUCUGCCUUCAAAUAAUGAUUACCCCCACCGUAAAAGAAAUGUAAUCUAUGCAUUUGAUCAAAGAUAUUACUCGACAGAUUUUUCAAGCAUUAAAUUUGAUCCAUUUUUCGCAAUUAACAUCAAAGAUUAAUAACCCAUGAAUUGCAUUUUCAACAAACAAUAAAAAAAUAUCAAGUAUUAAUAUAUCUUUCCAUGGAAAAACAGCUAGCCAAUGAUAAUUUUAAAUCUGUGUUUGAUGUAAUUUUGAGAAUAAAGAUGUAUGUUGAAUGUC